AUGGAGUCGAGUCAUAACCACCACAACUUGCAGAUGCUUAGCUCGUACUGACCGGUUGCUCUCCACCUCACCUCGUGUCCUACCACCGCUGAGCGAUCUCCCCGGCAUCCACAGCCACCCUAGCUUCUACACCGUGUUCAAUACUCCGUAUCCACCCAUCCCCUCCUUGAUCGACGCUAGCACCUGUUGGAAUCAACGAUGAUCCCGAAAAUGAUCAACAAAAGAAGAAGAACGGCUGGACCAGGAGUCGAACCUGGGUCGUUUCCAUUAAUCGGAAAAGCUUUGACCUCUAAGCUAUCCGGCCCCUGAUAUCAGUGCAAGGUCUACUAACACCUUCAAUAGCACCAUGUCUCGACCUGCGAUGUCACCACAGCGAUGUCAUCACACACUGCGAUUGACAUCGGUGAGUGACUGACCCCACUUCCCCCGCUUCCCCUGCUCAGCUGUCGAUGCUCGUUUCCGGGUUGGAUCGUCGUUUGAUCAUCCUUGACUACCUCGCAGAUGAUACGAAGGAGGAAGGUGGGAAGGAUGGUCUAAAAAAGGAGGAGGUCGGGCUUGAGGUCCCUACAGAGGGGGACGACCCGUGCGAGGACGACGACGAUGCUCCUGUCACCUUGAGUGCGUUGGCCACAUAUGAGUAGCCUUUCCGGGGACGGUCAGCUGACGGUCUCCGAAUGCCUCGCAGUGGGGAUGAUGAUCAUCUCUUUGAUCGUUUCGGGGACUGGUGGUCUCUUAUUCUUUUUUUAUUGGUACCACUCCGACCCCAUCAAGUUCGCACAGGUCGGGGGCUCGCUCGUGAUCGGCGAGUUUGGGUUAGCUGCCGCGUUGACUAGCCAGCGACGGGAAAAGACUAUCAUGUCAGUGAUGAGCCUGGCCCAAGCUCAUACUACGCUGUAUGAUCUAACCUGUCUGAUGUGUAUGCUUACAGUAACGCCAUGAUAGCCAUGACGAUUCCGAUUGGCAUCGCCGUCACGGGCUUCAUCUUCCUCGCUCUCGCAUUGCUCGAGCUGUCCCCUCUCGCCAUCAUCCUCGACAUACCGGAGGCCACCGUCAGCGCCCUGACCAGCUCGUGUACAUGGUCUGGGUGA